UCGGAUCAACUCCGGGCAUCUCUCUUUCAUUUUUAGCUGCAUAUGGAGGGCUGUGUCGUGCUUUGAAGUUUUAACUAUUGGAAUGGAAAAUGGUUUGUGGAUUAAGAACGUGGUUUCUUUUGAUAUGAAUAGUUGCUACUGAUUCCUUUCCCUAUUGCAGUGAUAGAACAAUGGGAACGACCGAUUGCUGUGUGAACCUGAAGCUUCUAAUUGACCCGGAAAACAACCGAGUGCUCUUUGCCGAGGCAGGGAAGGAAUUCAUGGACUUCGUCUUCCACAUUCUUGCUUUGCCCCUUGGGACAAUCACGCAACUCAUCAAUGAGAAGGAUAUGGUGGGCUCCAUUGGGAGCCUUUACUCAAGCAUCGAGAACCUUAACGAUACGUACAUGAAGUCUGGCUUGAAAGGAAAUCUCUCGGAGCCCAAAGCACCUGGCUACGGCUCACAGAAUCUUCUUUCAUUGCCUGCGGUCACGUCCUCAACUUCAACUACCAAGAAGUACUACAGGUGUUCUUGUACGAGUUGGAACGCUUGCCGCGAGUAUGUAACAGAAAGUCAUGGUACCAGAUGUCCCAAGUGUAACAAUUCCAUGACAAGUUCUGAAUGGUCGACUGAGGGCGGUUAUGUGAAAGAUGUUGUUACGUACAUGGUGUUGGACGACUUGACUGUGAAACCCAUGUCUACGAUAUCUUGCAUUUCUCUGCUCACCAGAUUCAACAUCAAGGACCUUGGUGUCCUUGAGGAGAGGGAGAUCAAUGUUAGCGUGAAUGAGGCUGUGAAGUUGUUGAAGGCUUCCCUGCUGUCCAAGAGGGUUCUGACUGAUGCCUUUCUAGGAAACAAGGGAGAAGUGAAAUCCAACUUCUCAGGGAAGUUUUCAAUCAUAUGCUACAGUCCAACCAUUACCUUCUCGGGCAGAAUGGGAUCGAAUGUUGGGGGCGUGAAGCUGAAGCUUCUGAUUGACCGGGAGAACAACAGACUUCUCUUUGCCGAGGCAGGGAAAGAAUUUGUGGACUUCAUGUUCUACAUUCUUGCUUUGCCCGUCGGGACAAUCACACAACUCAUAAAUGGGAAGGAUAUGGUGGGCUCCAUCGGGAACCUCUACUCGAGUAUUGAGAACCUUAAUGAUACAUACAUGAAGUCUGGCUUGAAAGGAAAACUCUUGGAGCCCAAAGCACCUGGCUACGGCUCACAGAAUCUUCUCUCACUGCCUCCGGUCACGGCCUCAACUUCAACAACUACCGAGAAAUUCUACAGGUGUUCUUACACUUGUUGCGGUUCACGCUAUGACUAUGUAGCAGAAAUUCCGGGUACCAGCUGCCCUCAAUGUAGAAACUCCAUGAUUAUUGCUGUCAGAAUAGUUCAAGCACAAACUACUCCUCCAGUGGAGGAGGGGUCUGGUUAUGUGAAAGAUGUUGUCACGUACAUGGUGUUGGACGACUUGACGGUCAAACCCAUGUCUCCGAUAUCUUGCAUUACUCUACUAACUGAGUUCAACAUCAAGGAUCUCGGGGUCCUCGAGGAGAGGGAGAUCAAUGUUAGCGUUGCUGAGGCUGUGAAGUUGUUGAAGGCUUCCCUGCAGUCCAAGAGGGUUCUCACUGAUGCAUUUCUUGGAAACGUGGGAGAAGUGAAAGUGAACUGAGAUGGCAUCAUUUUAGCAAUGACUUGGGGUUGUUUUCUUUUUUCAAAUGAAAAUAUUAAGAGUGUGGAGCAAGUGCCCUUUCUUAAACACUGGUAUAAUAUCCGGGAUGAAUUUUCUUUCCUGUACUUCUCUGAACUGGUUCUGUGUGCAGAUGAAUUUCUCGAUAUGUAAUAUAUAUGAUCGAAUCUGAAGUUUGUAGUAUAUAUUAUGAUAUAUUAUGAUGAUGAUUGGAUAAAGUGCGGGAGACUUUUGUUUCCAA